AUGUUCUACAGCGACGUCAUCCUCGCCAAGCGCGGGCCACUGGCACGAGUAUGGCUCGCUGCACACUGGGAGCGCAAGCUCAGUAAAACUCAGUUCCUCCAAACCAGUAUCGAAAAGAGUGUCAGCGCGAUCAUGGGCCAAGAAGUGGUGCCAAUGGCUCUUCGUCUCUCUGGUCAGCUCUUGCUCGGUGUCGUCCGCAUUUAUUCGCGUAAAGCCAAGUAUCUGCUCGAGGACUGCAACGAAGCGCUGCUUAAAAUCAAGAUGGCCUUCCGUUCGGGCGCUGUCGACAUGACCAGCGACCAGCUCAACAUUUCAAGAAACGCUAUCACGCUCCCUGACAUCCGCACCGACCUCGACAUCCUACUUCCAGACCAAGCCAUGAACGAUUACGACAUCGACUUUGAAAAGCUUGCAGCCAAGAAGGCCAAGAAGCUCGCCGACAACCCCACCGCUUACACUGCCCGCGCCGCCGACAUCACUCUUCCCACCGUCGACUACAGUGCCUUUGACGAUGCUUUUGACGUAUCUUCUGGCAUCGAUGGUAUCGCGUCACAGGACUUUGAUCCCGAUGGUGGCUUGGAUUUGGGUCUUGAAGAUGACUUUCCGGAGGUCGAGGGUCGCAGGAACGAAGCUGGGCAGCUUGUCGACGAGAAUGGCGAUCCGCUCCCCGAGGACGACUCGCUCAGCAUCGGUGUAGGUCGUGAUGCUCCAAGCGAGGCGGGACGCCAAUCGGUAGCAUCGAUGCUCAACCUCGGCAUGGACAACGACAUGACUCUUGGAUCGGCACGCGGCUCGCAGGCACCCAGUAUCGGCUUGCCCGACUUUGACCUCGGUGGAGACGGACUAGAUCUCGGACUUGACAAUGACGCACUCGACCUUGGACUCGACGCACCCAUGGACCUCGAUCGACAAGUGACGCCUCCUCCCGGCGACAACAGCAUGGCGCUUGCAAUGGCCGACAUGACACCCACAACAGCAGCGCGAAUUCGCGACGCCGCUCAGCAGCGUCAGCAGGAAGAGGCUGCGACUCGACAGGCGAAGGCCCGCAAGCAGAUCGUUGACGCGCUCACCGAACUUCCCGACACCCAGCUCGGCGGUCUCAGUCAAGGCCUCAGCCAAGCUUCUGUUGGCCAGGCUGUCAAUCUUGCCGACAUUUUGACCGAGGAGCGCUACUUGCCGCGAUCGCGCGCUUAUCUCCGCCUGCUCACCAUCCGCGAGGACCCCUUCUCGCACUUUAUGCCCUUCGCCGACCCAUCCAACAAGGACAAGAGCUCGCAGUUCAUCGGACCCACUGGCCUUGCGUCGGAGCUCAGCGAGCUGUUCACAUUUGAUCUGGGUGCGAUGCGACGACGACGCGCUGCUGCGUUGGCCGAAGACGAUGGUCCGAACAAGCGUGCUCGACUUGGCGCAGAUUUUGACGACGAGAUGGGUGUGGCUCGCCGUGCACAGGACCAACAGGAUUCGGCCGUGUUCGGAGACAUGGAUGUCGACCAAUCUGGUUUCGAUUUCAGCAUGGGAGGCGAUGCUGCACUCGACGGUCUACCUGCCGAGGGUCUUGAACUCGGAGACGACGGUCUGCGUCGAUCUUCGCGCAAGUCGCGUGCCGAGCUGGAAGCCGAAGCCGAGGGCGAUGUGACGGGUCGAUUGCCCGCGUUGUCGCGUAUGUCUACGCCUGAAGCCGACGAUGGCGGCCUCGACUCUCUCGCGGUGAGCUCCACCAAUCCUCUGGGCGUCUUCGACGUGCGACCCGCUGACGAGUCGGCGGCAGCAGGUGAGCAAGCAGCCGCAGCGUCGCAGCUGCGUGCAUCCGAGGACGCAGAAGCUUCGACCAAGGGGUGGGCCAAGAGUACCGUUCGCGCUUUGCGUGUUGUUCGAUCGCAACUCUCUGCCGAACCUGCGAUCGCCAGCGCGGGUGACCAAGACAACACGCAAACGCAGUCUCUGAACAGAUUUGUCGAAGUAGAUGAUGAGACGGAUGAGAAGAAGCUCUCGUUUGCUAAAAUAUCGACCAACGCUUCACGUCGUGCAGCAGCAGGCUUCUUCUUCGAGAUGCUCGUCUUGGGUACCAAGGACUGCAUCAAGCUGCAACAGGAUGAAGCGUAUGGUGAUAUCAAGGUCAGCGCUAAGGACAAGCUUUGGAACGCUUCGGCGCCAGCUACGCAACCAGCGCCAUCGGCGCCGACCGUCGCUUGA